UGUCGAUGAGAUGAAUUUCCGAGACAUGUCCAUUGAUGACGCUUUGAGGAAGUUCCAGACGGCAUUCCGUCUUCCCGGGGAGGCGCAGAAGAUCGAGAGACUCAUGGAGGCUUUUGCCCAGCGCUACUGCAUCUGCAAUGGUGAUGUAGCGAGGAUGUUCUGGAAACCAGAUACUAUCUUCAUCUUGGCGUUUGCAAUCAUCAUGCUGAACACUGAUCUCCACAGCCCCAAUCAGAAAACGGAGAGGCGGAUGAAGAUCCACGAAUUCAUCCGAAAUCUCAGUGGUAUCGAUGAUGGACAUGACGUAGAUCAUGAUCUCCUAGUGGGUAUCUACAAUCGUAUCCAGGUGCAUCCAUUCCAACCAGGAGAGGAUCAUACCAGUAUCGUCUUCAAGUUGGAGCAAAACAUCAGCGGCAAUCGACCGAUCCUUGCAGAGUCCCAUCGGCGUCUGGUCCGUGACUGCAGUCUAUCAGAGGUCUACGACCCGACCAAGAAAGAUAAGAAACAUCAAAGACAUGUAUUCCUCUUCAAUGAUAUGCUCAUGAUAACUAAAAUCUACAAGAAGAAGACCGGUAGUAUAUACGGCUUCAAGAAAGCAUUUCCUCUUCAUGCGGCCUGUGUUUUAGACUUCUCCUCUCAGCAUUAUCCUCACGGGAUUAGACUGGUAGCCGCCAUGAACAACCGAACGCUGAUCACGUUCUGCGCCAACUCACAGGAGGAGAAGGCUAGGUUUGUGUCCGACUUGAGGGAGACCGUCCAAGAGGUUAAUGAGAUGGAGGACAUCAGAAUAGGAGACAUCACUCUUUUGAAGAUCAACCGACAGUACAAGAAACAAAUGAGCAUGUUCACAACUCAACCGUACAAAUCCGAGCUGGAGAGACAGAAGAUUGUCCGUAAAAGCCAAGCAAGCACAGCAGACUCUGGGCUGGGUCUCGACACGGAGAGUUUUGCUAGUACGCAGAAUCUUAGCGGCAGUAUGGAUUCUCUGGCUCCUCAAGCCGCGGAUACCGGAAGUUUGAAGAGAAGUGCGCUUUCUAACUCACUGAUGGAUCUCAAGGAAGCAGCUUCCAAGAAAAAUCACAGAAAUAGUGCGAGCUCUCUGGACAGUGGAGUGUGGGCCGUCACACGCAUUGUGGCUGUACCCUGGAUAUCAACGCCACAAUGCCCCUCCCAAGAAAAAACAGAAACGGCAGCCCCCUCACAAGCGUCUUCAGUGCCCGCAACAAAGUCAUCCAGCCCACCCUCGAUCUCAGUGCCGCAGGCAACGAGCCAGCAGAGUCAUGAUGACUCCUUUUCCACACUCGUGUGAAAGACCAUCACUCUGGGUCUAUGCAUAAUGUUUUUUUUAGGGGGAGCACCCCUCUGAGUGAACGCUUUUAACUACUUCCACCAAGGCAAUGGACCUUGUAAAUGAGCUGUGUUAUUUUGACAAUCGUGUGAAAGACGCACAGAGAAACCAACACUUUGGGUCUAUGCAUCAAGAGUAGAGGAGUGGUUUUUUUUUUAAGGGGGAGCACCCCUCAAAGUGCACCAUUUUUUAACGCUGUUAAUUACUUCCGUCACGGCAAUGGACCCUGUAAACGAAAUGUGUUGUUUGAUUAACAUGCACGCAAUAUGCAAGCAGCGUUUCCGUUGUCACUGAUGGGCUUCACCUUGCCACUAGAUGGCGGCAGACAGAGAUCAUUUUGAGGAAAUUAAAAAUACCUGUAAUUAAACUGUGAUUCUGGUGACUCCGACUCUUAUAACAGCCACACAAGGGCGCAGUUGUUCAAAUUUUGCUCAGCUGGGACAUGGAAAGAUAUAAUGUACAUAUAUGAUUAUGUACAUGUACAUUGUAUUGUAAUGUGGAUGGGCACUGGCUCAACUUGUACUGUAGGGGAUAUGAAGUAAAACACAACCACAUGUAGACUGGGCCCUUGUCUUUAUCCGCAAGAAUAAAGACAGGUCCCCACCGCUAGAUCCAGUGAUUCCAUUGGAUACAAUGAUAUCAUG